AAGAGAGAGGAGGAUCGACGCCUAUCGAAAGAAAUAUAUACGUAUACAUAUACAUUUUCGAGAUAAUUUUUUUCUCGUGUGAAGAUACAUCAUCCGGUGGUGCGAUACUUUUCGAUACGAAACGUUGAGGUGAUAUGGCCGUCGCCCUUUUGGGCAAGUGCGUCGGUUUGUUGGCUCUGGUGCUGUUCCUCUACACCUGCUAUGCCUUCCGCAUACGCGAUCAUACAAUGGGGCAAAUGGCCUUUACAUCAUCGGCGGAGCAGCCGCAUCGCGCUGCUUGCGCUUCUGCCUCCGGUAGAUGCCAGGAGAAGAGGAUCACGGGUACGUUGACCAAGAGGCACGACACCACGGCACAGACUCAUGCCAGCAUCGCUCGGAAACCACCUGCCGAGCUCGACGAGGGGAAAGGGUUGGAGGGGAUGCGCGUGAAACACGAAAAGACCGAGUUCGCGGGGGUGAAGGAUGGCGGGGCAUCGCGGAGUGCUGAGGAUCUUGAGGAGGAAGAGGAGGAGGAGGAUGAAGAGGAGGUGAUUGUGGAGGUGGAGACUGUGGAGGAGAUCGCAUCGAGCGAUGACGAGGACGACGACGAUGAUGGUAAAAGGGAGGGCGAGGAUUACGACGGAAGCAGAGAGGAAGAAGAAAAGGAGGAAGAAGAAAAGGAGAAAGAUGCGGAGGAUUCUCGGGGAAGAGUAAGCGGAAUAACGGUGAAGGGUAGGAGGAAAAUUGUGGAGGAUGAAGAGGAAAGCGGGAAGAUGGAUUUAAAGAAAAAAGUUAGUCCGGAGAAAGGAUUGAAGGAGAUAAUUAGAGCUAAGAAGCUAGGCAAGGUAGAUAAAGAUGAAGAUGAAAAAGAAGACGAUGAUGAUGAUGAUGAUGAUGAAGGGGAAGAGGAAGACGAAGACCAAGACGAGGAUGAAGACGAAGAUGAAGACGAAGACGAAGACGAGGAAGAAUCGAAAGAAGUAGUUGCUACUCCUCCACCGAAAAAACUAGAAAAAGUUAGAUACGCGGACAAAGAUAAGAUUAAAUCGGUGGAAACUACAUAUGAUGAGAAGUCAAAAGUUGAUAACGUGAUAAAACCAAAAGCCGAUGCGAUUAAACAAUUAAAAGAGAGGAAAUCAGAGGAAAUUGCAAGAAGCAAGAUCGAAACGACGAAGGCGGAUGAGAAAAAGUUGGUCGAGGGAUUGUCCAAACCGGUUGAAGCCACGAAGAAGAUCGAGCCCGUUAAGAUAACGAAAUCUGAAUCAGAAUCGUCCAAAUUGAAGAUGAAACCGGCGGAAAAAGCGAAAAUUCCGGUGAAACCGGAAGUGUCGAAGACGCGAGAACCGUCGAAAAAAGAAACUCCGAGUCCUCAAUCUGCUCGAAUUAAAGUCUCAAAAAUUAAACGAUCCGACAAAGAUGAAACGAAAGUAAAAACGAAAACGCACGUGGAUGCUGCUUUCGCUUUGGCUCGAUUGAACGAUGCGAUAUUACGCGUGCCGACCUUCGUGCCAAAUUUCACAGCCAUUGAAAAUUUCGAGUGUCAGCAGCAUAUCAAAAUUUUUCUACGACAGUUAAGGGGCCACAAGUUAUGGGCGUUGCAAAUGUUAGACUCGAGCGCGAAAAUUCCAUCGGGUCUAUUGCGAGGAAAUAUAAAUCAAUUUGGAGAUUUUGACGAGUGUUUGGGCGUAAUGGCGCACGUGAAAUUAGAUGAAAAUACGAUAAAGGUCCAAGGCAAAUAUUGCUUGGCUUACAUAGACAUGUCUCCGUCUCGUCCAGACAUGAAGCUUCCUGUCAAUAUGAUGCAAGCACGUGCCGCUAUCAGAGCGAGCAUGCACGAUAGUGGUUAUUUUAUUCCAAGAUUCCAGACCGUGAAGUGGGCAUUGUGUCUUCCGGCAGCGUGCACCGCGGAGGACGCCCAAAGCAUCGUUGAACAGGCGUUGAACGACUAUAAUUCUACUGUAGGAAUUCAAUUUAUAGUAGAUGUCGAUCCUAAAAUGUGCUAUGUCAAACAAAAAUCACGAAGCUAUUCAAAAGAGACGAUCUGUGUUUUAUAUUUCUACGCGAUGGUCGUUUGUCUCGCCAUUGUAGCAACCGUGAGAGAUUAUUUGGUGGUAUCGGAAGGAAAAGGAAAUUAUUCGGAGAGAAUAAUAAUGUCUUUUUCCUUACGGAGAACCGUCAGAUCUUUAUUGAAGAAGGAAUCGGGCAAAGGUGGGAUCCCGUGUAUUCACGGGAUCAGAUCGCUCAUCACGAUUAUGCUUUACAUUUCCCAUCAAGUCAUAACAAUCUCGAUGUUACCAUUUUCUAAUCGAAUCGAGUUCACCGAGGUGACGAACAAUCCUUUAACUACCAUUCUAAGGGGUGGACUUCUUUACACGGACACGUUUUUAUUACUUAGCGGUACCUUAACGUCUUUCAACAUGGCACACGAGUUUAUAACACGAGGUGAGAUUCGCUGGUUUUGCCGUUUUAUUGCCAGAUAUAUCAGACUUACCCCAAUGUUACUCGUAGUGGUGUUUUGGUAUGCAUUUAUAAUGGAGCAUACCGGAUCGGGACCACAAUGGAACGACAUUAUAUUAGGAAAUGCAGAUCUUUGCAAAAGCAGCGCGUGGAUGAAUUUGUUGUACAUACAAAAUUUCUUACCUUUCGAAGAAGAGUGCGCAACUCACACCCAUCAUUUGGCUUUGGACGUGCAAUUAUCGUUAUUAGCACCCAUGUUGGUAUUCUUCUUGCAAUGCAAACCUAUCAUUGGGAUUCUCGUAAUAUUUUUCUUCAUUUUAUUAUCAGCCACACUCCGUUACAUAACAACGAUGAGUAACUAUCUUUCUAUCGUUGUUUUCCACGGAAUGUCAUUGAAACACAUUUAUAAGACUGUCAAUUUAAUUUAUAUAGUACCUAUAUACAGAAUCACGCCAUAUCUGUUCGGUGUAACGCUUGGUGUUCUAUUACGUUACACUGGACCAGAAGUAAGGAUACCCAAGGUGUUAGUGAUCUUGGGAUGGUUGAUCGCAAUGGCCUUGGCAUCGUGGUCGUUAGGAUCACCCUGGCAGUUGGCCAGAAGGGACUACGUUUACGAUGUUGUAGAAGCAACUAAUUACAUCGUGAUCAGUCCAGUUGUGUCAGCUUUGGCUUUGUCUUGGAUCGUGUUUGCGUGCUACACGAAUCACGGAGGUAUAAUAAACCGAUUCCUUUCACAUCACUGGUUAAUAAUCUUCAGUAGGAUAUCGUACGCCGUAUACUUGACUCAAUUCAUAGUAUUUUUCUACAACGUUGGAACCGCCAGAUACUCCAACGAAUUCCAUUUCUAUAGAUUCUUAGAUCCAUUAGAGGCAGGUGCAACGAUAUCGAUAUCGAUCGUUCUCACCUUGCUGUUCGAUCUUCCGAUGCAAGAGAUCAAAAACGUGUUGAUGGAGAGCACGGACAUCCUGAAAGUAACCGUGCCGAGCGAGGAAGGAUCGACGAGGACGGUGAAGCUCGAGAAAGUCGCGAGGCGGAUUGAGGAGGCGAAGACGCGGGAGAGAAAAGCGUUCGAGGAAGACGAGGUGGCGUCGACCGGUUGGGACUGGCAACGAGACAUAGUUGACGGUGGGAGUACAAGGUACAGAGAUAACGAGAACGUGGAGGACGAGGAACAGGUGCGCAUGCCGAUUCUGAAGGCGUCGAUCGGCCGAAGGAGAUCGUUCAUCAGCCGCGAGCCAACCGAGGCCGAGGCCCCGGAGAUCUUGACCAGGGAUUGGGCAAAGGAUGCGAACAAAAGGUGGUCAAGGGACAGCGACGAGUACAGGGAGCAAGGGAAGAGGAGCAGAAGCGUUCAAAGGGAUUAUCGGGAGCAAGGAAACGACGUAGCAUCCGGUAGUCUUUCCAGGAUGCAACAGGAGCGGGAAGAAGCUGUUAAGCGAGGCAGGCGUUCGCUCUCGAGAAGUUUCGACGCUAAGAGAUUCGGGGAGGCGAGGAGAGCUCGCUCCUCCGAGAACGAGGACGAGGUAUCCUCGCAACAGAGGAAAAUUGAAAAAAGGCAUCCGCCCGUGGAGCCGAGGAUAAGCGACGAGGAGGAUUGGGAGAGCGAGUUGAGGAUACGGAGGAAACAAUUUAUGGAGAAGCACGCGAUCCGGGAACGGGAUCCUCGUUUCGAGGACGAGGAAGAUUUAAGCUCGCCGAGAAGGAGAUCCUCGGCUGAGGGUAAGAUAGCCCUGCUGAAGGACCCCGGCUCGGACGAUAAUAUGGACUCGUGGACGGUGAGCGUUGGAACGCAUGCCGCCGCCCAGCUCGGCUCGUCUCAAGAGCGGAGCGAGGAGGAGGAGGAGGAGGAGGAGGAUGUCGCGUAUACGUUUCGGCGAAGGGAGUAUCGCGAGCGAGCGCCGUCACCGAGGGAGGAGGUGGAGGGAGAGGGGGAGGAGGCGAGGAGGAGGCCGUCUUACGCGAGCAGCAGCGAGGUGACUUCUAUGGAGGAAGACAGCGACGUUGCAGGUUAUAACUUCGUGCUGACGAAGGACAGUAGGAAAAAGUCUUUGCAGGAUCUCUCGAAGCUGCCCCGGGAUGACUCUGAUCUGACGGAAUCUGGAUGGAACGUUGUGAGGCAAGACAGCGGGGAAGGAUUGCCCAGAUCUUCGUCCACGGGCCUGUACAAACGCGAGUCGAUCGUAAAGAGCCAGGCCAGCGAGGAAGAUCCGGAAUAUCUCGUCGUGGAGAGGCCGAAGCUCGUUCAGCAAGAACGGGAACAUCCGUUCAAGAAGGCUUGGCAGAUGCAGAAAUCUCGUUCCGAGGAGGAUGGUUCCGCGUAUACGAUCAAAGAACCGAAAGAACAAUCUAAAACGGAGACGGCGAGAUCGAGGGGCGAGGAUCCUCCGUCGAAAGAGGAGGAAAAGGAAGGGGGUGGGGAGCAGCAGUACGGGGAGGACACAGGCGCGUCUCCCGACGAUGAUUCGGAAUUGACGCACAGCAGAAGCAGCGACACGGAGGAGUACACGACGAGGAGUUCGAGAUCGGAGGGAGCGGAAUCUUCGUCAACGGAGAGGAGCAAGAGUUUCGAGAGCAACAAAUUUGGUCUGAGAUCAUCGGACGUCGAGGAGGACUCCUCAAGGUCUAAUUGGCCAUCCGAGGACGAGCAAGUUUAUAAAACAAGUCCGAGGAGUAAAUUGGAGGAGACGGAAUGGAUCUGGGAGAGGGAAGAGACUUGAUGGAUUUGGAGCGAUUAUCGAAGCAAGAAAAAAGAUAAUAAACGUAACUAUAACGAGGUAAAUUAUUCGUGGGGAAGUUAUUGGUUGGAUUCCUCCAGAAAAGAAUGGACGAAUUUUUCGACGAAUGGUUGGGUGAAAGGUUGACGGUGGGUUUUGAAAGGAAGAUUGUGAAUCUUCGAAAAGUUUGGUGAUCGACGAUUUGAAUCGUUGUUCCCUUGUGAGAAGCAUUAUCGAGCGAUUUUUAGAAGCGUAUCGAUUUAUAGGAUAUUUUUACAAUCUGUGUAUUAUCUUUACGUGUAUUAAAAAGAGAAACGAUUUGUACCCGCUCUGUAGUUCUCUAGCUGUUGGAAUUUUAAACGUUGAGAGAUGAAUGACAAGACCAAAGUAAAAAAAACUACUUUUCGUUGAA